CCCAGGCCAGAUAUUAUGACGCAAUCAAACGAUCCAUUGGACAAAUGUUUGAUAACGGCAGGGUCUUAUUCCGGUCUUUGUUUAUACCGAUUAGGCACCAUAUUUUAUUGCAUAAGAUUUCUGUUGUUUUUGGGAAAACCUCUUUUGGAUUUGCAGGUCGGUUUCUGCACGUUAUUUUUUGAACUAAUGGCUAGCCUACGGAAAUUUGUUCCUCUGUUGGAUAGGGUGCUUGUUCAAAGAUUUGUUGCGGAGACUUCAACGAAAGGUGGAAUAUUGCUGCCAGAAAAAAGUGUUGGUAAGCUGUCUGAAGGCACUGUCGUGUCUGUGGGACCAGGAGGCAGAGAUCAAAAUGGAAACACUGUCCCUGUGUCUGUAAAGGCUGGUGAUAAAGUUUUACUGCCAGAAUAUGGUGGAACGAAGCUAGAAAUUGAAGAUCAGGAAUACGUCAUAUUUCGAGAUGCUGAGUUAAUUGGAAAAUUUGAGAACUGAACACAUUCUAACUGUGUGAACGAAUACAUAAGAAAUGAGGCGUGGUGAACACUUUAUCGUAAAAAUGCUAGGGGUUUUUAGUGACAGCAAGCUGAGAGAUAUUUUUUGCUAAAGAAUUGUAAAUUUUAUAAACAAGUUUUUGUUAACACAUCUUAUAAUGUA